UCGAUACGUACGCCUCUUGAAACGAUUCUCUCUCUCUGGUCGGUCGGACGAACCGGCCUCCUUCCGCCAUGGUUUCGGUAGCAGGAGAUUCUCGCUCCAAUGAACUUCCUUCGGCAAAGCAGAUUCACUACAGUUCUACCACCAUCUCUUCUCCAACUUCUUCUAAAGUCCAGAGGACUCCAGGUCGAUCCAUGCGAACGAUUCGUUCCAAUCUCUUCGAGAACGACCGUUCUUGCUCUUUUCCUACUGCUGCUGCUGCUGCUGAUGACAGAAAUUCCGCCUCCGCUUCCGUCUCCGAGUACUUGUCGGAAUCAGUGAUCGAUUUCAGACUCAGAGAGCUCGCUGUGGAGAGUGACAGGCCACUUAAGCCCUCUGUUCCUGAUUCUGAUCUCCUCGACCUCUCUCAAGCUUUCAGCGAUUUCUCUGCCUGCAGUAGCGAUAUCUCUGGAGAGUUGCAGAGGUUAGCUUGCCUUCCUUCACCUGAUCAUGUUUACAACCCUGACGAUGCUGUAGAUCUGGAACCAGAAUCUAACAGGGAAUCUCUACUGGAGCCAAGGUCAGGGUUUCUCCAACGCGAGAACCUCUCCUCGGAGAUCCUCGACAACGCUCCUCCGGAAAAUCUGGAAACAGCCGUGGAGAUAUGUGUGGAAGGUCUCCAGUCAUCGUCCAUCUCUGUCCAAAGCUCGGCCGCAGCGAAGUUACGUCUUCUCGCUAAGAAUAGAUCUGAGAAUCGAGCUCUCAUUGGGGAAUCCGGUGCGAUUCCCGCCUUGAUUCCUCUCCUUGGUUGCAGUGAUCCAUGGGCGCAAGAGCAUGCUGUAACAGCUCUCUUGAAUCUGUCUCUCCACGAAGACAACAAAACCCUAAUCACGGAUGCCGGAGCUAUAAAACCUCUAAUUUACGUUCUUAAAACUGGCACUGAGGUGUCAAAGCAGAACGCUGCUUGUGCUCUUCUUAGUCUCGCGUUGAUCGACGACAACAAAAUCUCAAUCGGUGCGUGCGGAGCCAUUCCACCUUUGGUUUCUCUACUCCUGAACGGGUCUACUCGGGGGAAGAAAGACGCGCUCACCACACUUUACAAGCUCUGUACGGUGAGGCAAAACAAAGAGAGGGCCGUAAUCGCCGGAGUCGUGAAACCGCUAGUGGUAAUGGUUUCAAUGCAGGGGAGCGGCUUGGCGGAGAAGGCUAUGGUAGUUUUGAGCAGCUUGGCCGCUAUUCCAGAGGGCAGGUCCGCUAUUGUCGAAGAAGGUGGGAUUCCUGUUCUGGUUGAAGCAAUCGAAGACGGAUCGGCGAAAGGAAAGGAGUUCUCUGUUUUAACGCUUCUGCAACUCUGUGCGGACAAUGUACGAAAUAGAGGGUUGCUGGUGAGAGAGGGUGGAAUCCCUCCGUUGGUCGCUUUCUCUCAGUCAGGAACCGCUCGGGCGAAGCACAAGGCUGAAACAUUACUUAGGUAUCUGAGAGAACCGAGGCAAGAGGCGUCAUCUUCUAGCCCUAUGGAGAGGAGAAGCUUCUGAAAUGUAAAGAGGUGCAGUCAUGGAAGCCAUUCCAACUCCCAACCCAACAAAAAUUCUUCCCACGAUUAUAACUCCAGGACCAGGUGCAAAGGCCAUGACUAUUGCACCAACAAAGAACAAAA